UCGUAACGAGCAUUUCGGGCGGAAUGCGCGAGCUCGCUCAUCGCCGGCUGUCGCGUGUGUUCUCCGCACAUCCAUGCAUAUUCAAAUCGUGGCACAGAGUGGACACGAUAAGCGCCCGCUGCAGCAUCCUGCUGUCCCGCUGAUACGCGCACAUCCAGCGCAGCCAGUGGAUCGCUUGCCGCCUGCGAGCGCUCGUUCAGUGUGUCUCCAUGACGAGCCGAAGCCAAAAGCACCACGAGCGCCUGCAGGGCGAAAGCUUUUACGUCCGCGUAUUAUCCAAAAAGUGCUUCAAUUAAGUUCGAAAGUCGAAAAUAAAAAUCAUAAAACAUGUAAUCAAAUCUAUGAUAAUCAAUCAAAAUUAAAAUAAAUACAGUUUAAGAAGUUUAACUACAAGUGAUCUUUUUGAAACUAUUUUAAUUUUAUUUAAUGGUACGAGAUGUAGUGCAAUGUGCGUGACUAUAACUUAACACAAACAUCGACAAUAACAAUAACAAUACAUCAAUAAGUCUCGUCUAACACGCUAAUACUAGUGAUGCUUUGUCCUGCGCGCGAAUCGAAAAUGCGCGUGUAAUGUGCGAUCGCAUCCACGUGCACAAAAACGCAAAAAAUGUUCAACGCGCUGCGGUGGCGCGUGCUACUCUCCAGCAUGCUGCUGGUUGUAGGCGUUGCCUGCUUCGACGAGGAGGAUAUCCCGAAAUUUAAGUUUUCCGCUGAUGAACUGCUGCAUAUGAAUUUUCCGCCGAAGAGCAGUAAUGAUUUAGAUCUGGAUCCGUGCAAAGCAGGUGGUUUCUUGGGAGAUAUUGCAAUUCCCGAUACACCAACUUCUAAACCCCAAGACUAUCAAAAACAAGUUAAUUCCUUCAAACAAGACGUUCUUGAUGGAUUGCAAAUUGAAGAGGAAGGUCUUUCUGACCUGGUGCGUCGCAAAACCAAAAUUGCCCACCAGCAGCAGCAGCAACAGAAUAUACCCACAAUAUUACCAAGUUACAAUGACCCAUCUUUACUGGUCAAUUCCAAUACUGAUACAAAAACCAAAAAAGACAUUCUUAAAAAACCUACUCCCCAAGAACUUAAUCAAAACAGUAAUGGCCGAAUAGUGUUUCAAUAUGCUACUGAGAAUGCCAAAGAUGGUAAAAACACCAAAGCCCUAACUGAAUUUCCUUCCCAUGAUGGAGGUAUUUCGAGAAGGCGUCGUCGAAAGCACAAGAAACGUCGACGUGGUUCACAAACCUCUUCUAGUUCUGAAACUUCCGAUGAUCCUAUGUUAAGUGAAGAUCCUAGACCCGUUCAUGAAUUUGAACCAAUGUUUGACUUAAAACCAAAAAAAUACGCACCUCAUAGACGUACCACAAGGGCUGCAACUGCGCGUAAAGAACGUGUGUGGGAUUACGGUGUGAUCCCGUAUGAAAUUGAUGCUAACUUUAGUGGUGCACACAAGGCCCUUUUUAAGCAGGCUAUGCGUCACUGGGAAAACUCCACCUGCGUGAAGUUUGUUGAGAGGUCACCUGAUGACCAUCCCAACUUUAUUAUGUUUACUGAACGCCCGUGCGGAUGUUGCUCGUUUGUAGGUAAGCGAGGCAAUGGUCCACAAGCCAUCAGCAUUGGGAAGAACUGUGACAAAUUCGGUAUUGUCGUUCACGAGCUUGGGCACGUGGUGGGUUUCUGGCACGAGCACACGCGACCUGCGGACAUGCACGUGAAUAUCAUUCGCACACACAUAAUGAAUGGCCAGGAUUACAACUUCAACAAACUGAGUUCGGAUGAGGUCAACUCGUUGGGGCUGACAUACGAUUACGAUUCGAUUAUGCACUACGCACGGAACACGUUCUCGAAGGGGACUUAUUUGGACACCAUCCAGCCGAUUGAUGUGCCAGGCCGGAAGCGGCCCGAAAUCGGUCAACGCCUGCGGCUCUCACAAGGCGAUAUCGAUCAGACUAAUUUGCUCUAUAAAUGUCCAAAGUGCGGUCAAACAUUCCAAGCAAACGCCGCACACUUCAAUUCUCCAAAUUUUAACAAUAUGCUUAGUUUUCACGAAGAGAAAUGUGAAUGGCGAAUUACUGCCACCCACGGGGAAAGAAUUGUUCUGAAUAUUACUGAUCUUGACAUUCCAAAAUCUGCUAACUGCUCAGAGGACUAUAUUGAAAUACGUGAUGGAUAUUGGCAUAAAUCGCCAAUCCUCGGAAAAUACUGCGGUAGUGGUAAAAUAAACGAGCCUAUUAUUUCUACAGGUAGUAGAAUGUUGGUCACGUAUGUAACUAAGGAACCCACCAGUCAACGUGGAUUUGCUGCACAUUACGAGGCUGUUUGUAGAGGUGAACUUGAUUUGGAAUCAGGUGGUCACCUAGAAUCUCCUAAUUACCCCGAAGACUAUCAACCUAACAAAGAAUGCGUCUGGAAGUUGACAGUUCCUGAAAAUUAUCAAGUUGCUAUGAAAUUUCAAAGUUUUGAAAUUGAAAACCAUGAUAAUUGUGUUUAUGACUACGUAGAAGUGCGUGAUGGAUUAACAAUGGACAGUCCUGUUAUCGGUGUGUUUUGUGGGAACAAGAUACCACCUGAUAUAAGGUCUACCAGCAACCAUCUUUUGGUAAAGUUUGUUUCGGACGGAUCUGUACAAAAGGCUGGAUUCUCAGCAACGUUUAUCAAGGAAUAUGAUGAAUGUAGUGGUACUGAGCAUGGGUGCGCACAAGAAUGUGUAAACACUUUAGGGUCUUAUGUGUGUGCAUGCAGAAUUGGAUAUGAGUUACAUUCCGAUGGGAAAAACUGCGAAGAUGCUUGUGGAGGGGUUUACCAAAUUGUUAACGGAACUAUCACUUCUCCUUCAUUUCCCGAUCUAUAUCCAGCAAAUAAAUCAUGCACCUGGGAAAUAGUGGCACCUCCCCAAUACCGUAUUACUUUGAAUUUCACAUCUUUUGAUCUCGAAGGAAAUGAAUUGCAACAACAACAAUGUGAUUAUGAUCGAGUGGAUGUUCUUAGCAAAAAUAGAAACCAUGGACCAUUUUGUGGUCCUACUAAACCACCACUUAUUACUUCCGAGAGUAAUACAUUACGAAUAACUUUUAAUAGUGAUUCAAGUGUUCAAAAAAGAGGGUUUGCUGCUGUUUUCUCAGCUGACAUGGAUGAAUGUGCAAUUAACAAUGGCGGAUGCCAACACGAUUGCAUCAACACUUUGGGCUCCUAUCAAUGCGGCUGUCACAACGGGUUUGUUCUUCAUGAAAAUAAAAAAGACUGCAAGGAAGGCGGAUGCAAAUAUGAAGUUACCAAUCAUUACGGAAAUAUAACUUCUCCCAACUAUCCAGAUUUUUAUCCUUCUCGAAAAGACUGUGUUUGGAAAUUUAGUACUACCCCCGGGCACCGUAUUAAAAUUCAGUUCUUCAGGUUUGAAAUGGAACCCCAUCAGGAGUGCUCCUACGAUCACAUUGUUUUCUACGACGGGGAUUCUCCUGAAGCAAAUACUUUAGGAAGAUUCUGCGGAUCAAAGCUACCACAUCCUAUUGUUGCCACAGGCAACCAGAUGUAUAUGGUGUUUAAAUCUGAUCAGAGUGUUCAACGUGGCGGAUUUCUUGCAACACACUCAACAGUAUGGGGUCAUUUGAGCGCCACUACUACUAGGAAUCACGUCUACUCACACUCAAGAUAUGGAAGCGCUACUUAUGAUGAAUACUCAGACUGUGACUGGACCAUCGAGGCACCUCCCAACCAUAAUGUUUAUAUUAAUUUUCUCGAAUUUGAUUUGGAGUAUGAAGAACAUUGUGGGUAUGAUUAUUUAGAAGUGUUUAAUGGACCAGAUGCUAGUGGUAUGUCAUCGGGGAGAUUUUGUGGAAAUAAUAAACCAGCUGAUAUUAUAUCAGUGCAGGAGACACUCCUCAUCCGAUUCAAAAGUGACGAUACGUACUGCCUCAAAGGAUUCUCCAUUGUCUACGAAGCCGUGGAACGUUAUGACAGUGACGAGGAUUCUUAAAUUCAAGUUUCAGCCUCGGCAGCUGCGGUAAAGUCAAAACUUAAGCGAUAAUACUCAGAAUACUGCCAUAUGCUUCCAUAUAGCGGUUUAUUGCGACCAACAUUGUUUGAUCUCUCGUGCACAGCUCAACACAUGUACUCAUUUAUCCUGACGGUUUGUACAUAAGUAUUCAGUUAGAUAAUUAAUCAAUUACCUCUUAAAUCAACGUUUAAGCGACAAUUUUAUGUACUUGUACCAUGUAAUACUAAUUUUAAUUAUUAACGGUAAUUAUUCAGCAUAGUAAACUAUAAAUAUUUAUUUCUAGUUGUUAUACUAGUGUAGAUUUUGUGUGGCUAAACAUUGAUUAUAACCGUUAGAUACGUACUAGUAAGUAUAAUUCAAAAUUAUAAAUAAACACAGAACUCAAAUUUA